AUGGACCCCAAUGCCAUCAAGGAGGAGCUGCGCCUGUUCCAGAGCACCCUCCUGCAGGACGGCCUGAAGGAACUGCUCAACGAGAACAAGUUUGUAGACUGUUCACUGAAGGUGGGCGACCGCUGCUUUCCCUGCCACCGGCUCAUCAUGGCCGCCUGCAGCCCAUACUUCAGAGAGCUCUUCUUCACUGAGGAGGGUAAGGAGGCCGCCAACACCAAAGAAGUGGUCCUGGAUGACGUGAACCCCAACACUCUGGACUUGAUAAUUAGAUAUUUAUAUUCAGCCGAGAUUGACCUGACUGAUGACAAUGUUCAGGAUAUAAUCGCUGUGGCAAACCGCUUUCAGAUUCCCUCAGUCUUCACUGCUUGUGUCAACUACCUCCAGAAGAAAAUCUCCCUUCCCAAUUGCAUGGCCAUAUUUCGGAUGGGCCUAGUGCUCAGCUGUCCCAGACUGGCCAUAGCUGCACGUAACUUCAUUGCUGACCGCUUUGAGUUACUCCACAAGGAUGAGGAGUUCCUGAAGCUUGCACCACAUGAACUGUUUGCAGUCAUUGGUGGAGACUCUUUGAACGUGGAGAAGGAGGAGAUGGUAUUUGAAGCUGUUAUGUCUUGGGUCCGUCAUGACAGGGACAGUCGCAUCAAGAUCCUCAAAGACGCCUUCAACUGCAUCCGUUUCCGUCUUCUGCCAGAGAAAUAUUUCACAGAAAAAGUAGAGAAAGACGAUAUUAUCAAGGCUGACCCUGAGCUGCAGAAGACCAUCCAGAUUAUCAAAGAUGCCUUCAAGGGGAAACUUCCAGAGAAACCUCCAAAGAAAGAAGGAGAGGAGGGCGCUGAAGAAGGGGAAGAGGACAGCCCAUUCCCUGGCUUCUUGAACGACGAGCGCAGGCAUGGCAUGUACAUGCGAGAUUUCAUUGUGAUGAUGAACGACACAGCCGCCGUGGCGUACGAUGUCAAUGAGAACGAGUGCUUCCUGGCGGCCAUGUCAGAACAGGUCCCACGUAACCAUGUGAGCAUAGCGACGCAAAAAAACCAGGUCUUCAUCAUCGGAGGACUAUUUGUGGAUGAAGAGAACAAGGAUUUGCCCCUGCAGUGCUACUUUUAUGUGUUGGAUCCGCUUUCGGCUGAAUGGCUGGCACUGCCGCCCAUGCCCUCUCCACGAUGCCUCUUCAACAUCGGGGAAAGUGAGAACAUGCUGUUUGCCAUCGCAGGGAAAGACCUACAAACCAACGAGUCGCUGGAUACAGUCAUGUGUUAUGAUGUUGAUAAAUUGCGGUGGAGCGAGACAAAAAAGCUUCCUUUGAAAAUCCACGGGCAGUCGGUAGUCUCCCACAAAGGACUGGUCUACUGCAUUGGAGGAAAGACAGAUGACAACAAAGCACUCAACAAGAUGUUCGUUUACAAUCAUAAGCAGUCUGAGUGGAAAGAGCUGCCGGCCAUGAAGACCCCUCGAUCCAUGUUUGGAGCCGUGGUUCACAAUGACAGCAUCAUAGUGGCGGGGGGUGUGAACGAGGAGGGGCUCACUGCGACCUGUGAGGCCUACAACUUGGCUACAAACAAGUGGGAGGAGUUCACAGAGUUUCCCCAGGAGAGGAGCUCUGUCAACCUGGUGAGCACCGGCGGCCUGCUGUACGCGGUGGGCGGUUUUGCCAUGGUGGAGAUGGAGAACAAAGAGGUGGCUCCCACGGAGGUCACAGACGUCUGGCAGUACGAGCAGGAUAAGAAGCAGUGGAGUGGCAUGCUGAGAGAGAUGCGUUACGCUGCUGGAUCCUCCUGUGUGUCCAUGCGGCUCAACGCUGCCAGGAUGCCCAAACUGUAG